GCCAGUGUUGACCUAUCCCUGUGUGUUUAAGUGACCGCAAGUGCCAAAAUAGAACCAUCCUUAAGCGUAGGAUGUUUCCUCUCAAAACUCAAAACGGAGGGCGGAGUGGCGACCGCUCGCAGAGAGCCGACUCAGACAGGGAAGCGUUACUGGGAGCGUCUGGUAGCGACGUGUCCAACUUAACCGUGGAUUUAAACCUUUUCGGCCAGCCUAAAACACAAGGACGAAGUCAACAGCACCGAGGUGCGACUACAAUGAUGGCCGGUCAGGAAAAUGUGAGAGGGAAGACGCUAUCACGUCUAUGUCAGUACAUCGGGUCUUUCUCAGUGACGCACACAAACAAAGUUGCCAGGGCAGAUUUCGUCAGAAAACAACUUCAAGCCAUCGAGCAAGUUGAGAAGACCCAGCCUGUGUUACUGGUGCUGACUCUGUCCGGAGUGAAGGUGUGCAGUCCUGAUGGAAAGACUGUUCACAUGGACCACAGUCUGAAGCGGAUCUCCUACUGCACGUGUUAUCCCGAGGAGCGGCAGUUCGCUUUCGUGGCCAGGAACCCCGGACAGCUCUUCAACGACCAGUAUUGCCACGUCUUCAUCACCAGGGCACAGAAAGAGGCUGAAGAGUUGAACGUCAUCAUCGGUGAAGCCUUCAAGGUGGCGUUCAGCCAACAGAGCGAAGCCGGGAAACAGGAGAGCUUUAACCAGCUGGUGUUCGAGCGGCAGCAGGAGUUCGAGGGGCGGUUCAUCCACUCCAGAUACAGCGUCAACAAGAAAGCCACCAAGGAACAGGAACCAACCAAACGCAACUGGUUUGGCCGGACCAAACGCCGAGCGCCGAGCCCUCCCCGCACCACGUCACCAGUGGCCACCAUUUCACCUACAUUCGGCGAGAUACAAGUCUCGGAAUCCAUUCCGAAAAACGGUCAUGUCCAUAUUAGGAUUCAACAAUUCGAAACCAACCACUCUUCCCCAAAGCCUGUGCCGAAGCCACGCCUACACAAGCCGACCAAUCAGGGGAUGGCCAGUUGUCACGUGAUGCCGUCAGCCCCUCCGCCAUUGGAUACUUGUAUGAACGUGGUAGCCAAUCAGAAAGGGACCAUGAACACCAAUGGGAUGAUGAAUAACCAGGACUACCGUGGUGCUCUGUGGUACAAGGGCAACGUGCCAAGGGAGAUGGCCAUGGCGGAGCUGGAGAGACAAUGUGCCGGUGCCUUCAUGGUCCGAGAGAGCGGCAGCAACCCGGGAUGUUACGCGCUGUCGCUGAGAACAAUGUCCGGUAUCAGUAACUACCUGAUCGGGAAAACUGACAAAGGAUACACUAUCAUGGGGUUUGGAAAGUCUUUCCCGGACCUGCACACGUUGAUCAUCCACUACUCCGUGUACGCUGAGAUGCUGCCGUGCAGACUUAGGAUGACCGGAAACUACGACAACCCCGUGCCUUACUAAAAUUCAGGGACUACCAUGAAAUAAAUCCGACCUUUCAACAAAAAAAAUCA